CUUCCUAUCGCCAUGUCCAAGGACCCGACUCGCCACCAGCUAUCAUCCAGGCUAGCCUACAGCGCACACACGCCCAUCUUUCUCCAGCGGCUGCAGGCACGCGUUGGCGGGGCAGAACGAGACGAUGACGACGACGAUGAGUAUGAGUACGACGGAUCUGGGCGUCCACCGAUACCCAAGCGUCCUGCCAUACCAGAGCGUCCAGACGACGACCCGGGCAGUGCUGACGAAGACGGUGGUGAGGAGAAACCGCAGAUAGUGGUACUGAAGGAAGGGAAACAUCUCUCAGAGAGGGAGGCAGAGAACGAGAAGCGAAAGGCGAAAGGCUUGCCGCCUCUGCCUGACCCUGAGGACAGAAGCGCAGAAGAGUCCGCCUCGCCUGACAGGUUGAAGAAGGAGAGCGCAGAAAAGCAGGCUCAAAACUACGGGUUGAUUGGUUCGAAGACAAAGCCUUCCAAACGGAAAGCUGUAGGCGACGGGCGAGAUAGCGAGCCACCAACAAACAAAUCAUCGAAGAGCACAAAAAAGAAGCCGAAGAAAGCAGAGAAGAAACUACUCUCCUUUGGAGACGAGUCUUGAUCUGUGCGCAUGCUAUCGCGCGUCGCCUUCGCGAACGCUGCGUAUCAGACCUGGUCCUCCCUCGAAGGUGUCAUUCGCACUUCUCACUAUUUGCGGGAAACUCAUUACAUUGA